UAAAUACGAAAUCAAUCACCCCACAAAAUUCACAUAUCCAUCAAGUUAAAAUCAGCCAUAAAUAAACAAACAUGGCAAAGCUUGCCUCAAUUGGUGUGUUCCUAACACUCUCUUGCUUGCUAGCGUCCACAUUCAGUGUGGAUGCUAGAAAGCAAGGCCUUGUCGUGGAGGAACUCACAGAAUUCCCCCACAGCUUUGGAAAACAAAGUAUCGUGAAUUUCCGCGUCUUUGUCCAGGAUCUCGGCGUGAACCACCCCAACACCACUACGUACGACGUGGCACAAGCCUCCAUCUCCAACACCUCGAAGACGGGCUUCGGCAAAGUCCGCGUCAUCGACGACCUCGUCACGGCCGGGCCGGAGGGCGACUCGGAAGCGCUCGGGCGCCUUCAGGGGCUACUUACGAGAGCCGACCUAAACACACUCGCCAUCGCGGUGAACCUCAACUUCUACUUCUCGGCGGGGCCCUACGCGGGCAGCACGCUCAGCAUUCUCGGGCGGAACGAGAUCGGCCUGGCUGAGCGGGAGCUCGUGGUUGCCGGCGGCACCGGAGUUUUCCGAUUUGCACGUGGAUACGCAAUUCAAAAGACAAAUUCAACCGGAACAAACAUAUCGGUGUUGGAUUACAACAUCUACACCACCUAUAGUGGAACACUCAGUGAAAUGUGAUGAGGGAAUUGUGAAUUUCCACUCAGAUUGUGUUUUAAAUUCGUCUUUUGCAUAUGUCGCUUAUAAAAUCCUUUAGUUUUUUACUUUA